UUUUUCAUCCAAGGCGUCGUUUUCAUUUCCAACCUCUUCACUAUUAACACACUCUUCAUCUUCUACUACUACUACUACUACCAUACAUUUCAUUUCAUUUUCUUCACCCUAAAACACUUUUCACUUUUUCAUUCUUCCAACCACUCACUCACUAUGGCUUGGUUUUCUGAUUCAACUACUCACAAACAAUCUCGUCCCUCUCAACCCAUUUACGUUCCUCAAUUCCGUUCCAACAACAACAUUCAUCAACAACAACAACCUUACAACAACAACAACAACAACAACAAUCGAACCCAUUUUCCAUCAACCAAUGAUUCACCUCACUUCACUUUCAAUCGUUCAACUCCUCGACCACGUGGUCGAGGCGGUUACGGUUUCGGCCCUCCACGUCAUCAUCAACAACAACAACAACAACAACCACGGAGCUAUGAUCCUUCUUACCGGAACAACCGGUCACCGUUUGAAACUAACGCUGAACCAGAAAACGGUUCAAAUGGUUUAAACGGCGUCGUUGCGAAUUUUGAAGCCUACGAUUCAAUCCCUGUUGAAGCGACUGGAGAGAAUGUUCCUCCUCCGGUGAAUGUGUUCGCUGAAACGGAACUUCAUGAUGAUUUGAAGAACAACAUUGAACGAUGUAAGUAUGUGAAACCUACUCCGGUUCAGCGUUACGCGAUCCCCAUUGCCGUUGCUGGUAGAGACCUUAUGGCUUGUGCUCAAACUGGUUCUGGUAAAACGGCGGCGUUUUGUUUCCCGAUCAUAUCUGGGAUCAUGAAGGAACGUUUAGCUUCUGAGUUUUCUGAUAUGAAACUUUGCGGUGGUUCCGAUGUUGCUUUUCCUACUGCACUAAUCUUGUCUCCAACUAGGGAGUUAUCAUGCCAGAUAUAUGCUGAAGCGACAAAGUUUGCAUAUCAAACAGGAGUGAAGAUUGCGGUUUGUUAUGGUGGUGCUCCUAUUGGUCAACAGUUGAGGGUUUUGGAACGAGGUGUUGAUAUUUUGGUUGCUACUCCUGGGCGUUUGGUUGAUUUGAUUGAAAGAGAAAGAAUUUCUUUGAAGAAGAUUAAGUAUCUUGCUUUGGAUGAGGCUGAUCGGAUGCUCGACAUGGGUUUUGAGCAUCAGAUUCGGAAUAUUGUUCAGCAGAUGCAUAUGCCUCCUCCGGGUGAUAGACAGACAUUGCUUUUCAGUGCUACAUUUCCUGAUAAUAUACAGAAACUUGCAUCUGAUUUUCUAUCAAACUAUGUGUUCCUUGCUGUUGGAAGGGUUGGUUCAAGCACUGAACUGAUUGUACAGAAAGUUGAAUCUGUACAGGAUAUGGAGAAAAGAAAUCGUCUUGUCGAUCUUCUCCAACACAAUGUAGUUAAUGGGAAGCUUGCUUUAACUCUUGUAUUUGUUGAAACAAAGAAAGGAGCUGAUGCUUUAGAACACUGGUUGUGCAGAAGUGGUUUCCCAGCUAUUGCAAUACAUGGUGAUAAGGUUCAAAUGGAGAGGGAACGAGCUUUGAGAUCUUUCAAACGUGGUCUGACUCCAAUAAUGGUUGCGACUGACGUUGCUUCCCGAGGAUUGGAUAUCCCUCACGUGGCUCAUGUUAUUAACUUUGACUUACCUAGAGAUAUAGAUGACUAUGUACAUAGAAUUGGUAGAACAGGCCGUGCUGGUCAAACUGGUUUAGCAACAGCUUUCUUCUGCAGCAAGAACCUGCCUAUUGCAAAAUCUCUUGUAGGUCUUUUACAGGAAGCAAAACAAGAAGUUCCUUCUUGGCUUGUCCAAUGUUCUGAGAGUGUCGUACCAGGUGGACGCAACAGCGUUGGAUCUCAACGGUCGCCCUGGAGAGGCAAUUAUGGAGGACGCGAUUUCCGGACUGCAACUGAACCUGGGAUGGAGAGUUACAACAACUAUAACAGUAGUUACAGCAAUUAUGGUGAUAAUGGUUUUCAUAAUGUUCCUGAACAGGUGGAGAAUUACAACUACAGCAGUACCUACAGCAAUGGAGACCAUGCUGCUAACACUUAUACUGAUGCUUCUGUAGAGGUCCAAAACAACAACUGCUCUUUUGAAAGCACUAAUACAGGGUUUGCCGGUGGUUAUGGUUACACUGAUGCUGGUUUAUUAGAAGGUAGUAAUGGUCAAAAUGGGCCAUGUGGUUAUGCAUCUGUUGUGCCCACUGGAUGGGACUAACUAGGCUAGUAUCUUGCUCGUGGCAUCCUUUUUGCUAUUGAUUUUGAUGGAUAGAUACCUUGUAUACAGUGAUGCCGAAGAUCUAAUAGUGCUAUCCCCUAACUUUAUGGUAGUUCAAAAUUUGCAGACCUUUGUGGUAUUUAAUAUUUUUUGGCCCGAGCCCCUUUUUUGGAACUUUACUAUGGUGAGCUCGAAUUGUGGAUACUGGAUAGGAUCAUUUGGUUUUUUGGAUCUUAGUAAUAGGAAGGAUGAGCUUGAUUUGUGGGUUGGAAUAUUUAUCUUUUGCUUUAGUUGUACUAUUGAUUGAUAUCAUACUCUUUUAUGGUCAGAGUUGCCAUAUAAACUCUUCAAUCUAUAUACCAUUCCUAAUAGUGGUUAAUAUAAAUUAGAAAGUGUUUGAUAUUGAAUUUUGUGUGCUUAUUUAGGUAUUUUGCUAUGCCUUUACUAUUAUUAUAACUGAGCAGUAUUUAUAUUUAUAUACAGGUUUUGCUUUUAUGAUCGAUUUUUUAUAAAUCAAA